ACAGCAACAGCACCAGCACCAGCCAAGACACCACGGCAACAAGCAGCAGCAACACCAGCAACACCAGCAACACCAGCAACAGCGUGCCAUGAGCGCGGGAGGCAAACACCAUCCCGCCUCAAUGUCCAUGGCUAACGGUGGUGGUGGCGGUGGUGCGGUGAUGAUGCCACAGGCACGCAUCAUUACAGGAGGCGCCCCCGCGCUGCCCAUUCCCGUCUCAUUCCGCGGCGUCCACCCGACCGUCUCCAAAGCCAGCAGCGACUCGAGUCUUCUGCUUACACCCAUGCUGAUGGAUGAGGAUUCGCUUGCAACGACCGACGAUCUCGCGCUUCAGGGGCCGUCCGCGUCGCGCAACAUCCCCAUCCCGUCUGCAUCGCGGAAUAUUCCCAUUCCCUCUGCCUCCAACGCGCGCGGCACGUCCAAGGGAGGUCGCGCAUCGAGCGUGAGCUCGUCGUGGCGCGUUGCCCAGCAGCAACAGUCUCAACAGCACCAGCACCAGCAACAACAACAACCGCAGCUGAGCCAAUCACACGCUGGCUCGCUCGGCGGCACCAUGUUUUGCAGUCCAGCUGCUGCCUCCAUGCCCCACGGCUCGAGCAUGCUGGAAUCCAUGUCGCCGUUCUCGAUGAACAACAGUUUCGACCCGCGCCACUCUGUGCCUCACAACUCGUUCUCGUCCUCGUUGUCGUCGUCGCUCUCGUCGCUCUCGUCCUCGUUUGGCGGCGCCCACAGCAUGCCUCACCAUGGCGGCACCUUCUUCUCGCCGCUCAGCUCGAGUGUGGGCCACUAUGAGCCGCUCUCCUCGUCCGUUCUGUCGUCGUCGUUUGGUGGUUCGGGCUCGUACAUGCAGCAGACCACGCCGCGCGCAGAACGUCGCUUGAUGCGUCUGCUGAACGAGGAAGGCGACCAACUACCCUGCUCGAGCUACCUGGCCAAAAUUCAGCGCGGCGAAAUCACCCCCGUCAUGCGCGACCGGCUCGUGUCGUGGCUCGAAAAGCUCAACAACCAGUUUGAGUACACCACCGAGACCUUCUUCCUUGCCGUCAACUAUGUCGAUCGCUUCCUGUCCCGCGUCCGCGUCAAGCCGCGCCAUCUCCAACUCAUCGGUCUGGCGUCGUUCAUGAUUGCUGCCAAGAUGCAGGAGGAAAUUGAGGUCAAGCCCACGCUCCAAGAGCUCGUGUUUUGCUGCGACCAUGCCUACUCUGCCAGUGAAAUGCUCCGCAUGGAGAAGACCAUUCUGGAGAAGCUCAAGUGGCAAGUGCACGCCGUCUCGCACGAGAGCAUGUUCUUCCAUCUCCACGAGCUUCUUGUGCAGCAGCGCCUCGUCCAGCCUCUCAAGAGCUCGGCGGCCUCGCAAGCCUUGGCCUCCUUCCUGUCCUCGCCAUGGGCCUCGCCCUUGCUGAUGGGGACAGUGCCGGAUGUGCACGGCAACUCGACCGACGAUGUGCUGGUCGAGGCAAUCAACCACAUCAACCACGGCGACUCUGUAUCGCUGAUGGAUUCUGGCGUCGGAAGCGACACCAUGUCUUCCGCCGGCUCCGGCCUCGGCUCGGGCUCCAGCUCGGGCUCCAGCUCUGGCGGCUUGGGGUCUGGUGGCCCCGGUGGUGGCAUGUCGCCGCUCGUCCUCCCGCCUUCCGCGGUCGUGGGCCAGGCGGCUGACAUGUCCGAUACACCCGAGGAAGGUGCGUCACGCACACGCCCGGAUGCCAUGUCACGCUUUGCAGCGCGCAAGGCUUCGCUGACGAGCAGCACGCUCAGCGGCGGCAGCCUAGGGGGCCAUCACCACGGCCAUCACUUGUCACAUCAGUCCAUGCAACACCAGCAGUGGAUGGCGACCGUGUCUCAGCGUCGCCGUGUCCGGUACGACAGCACGUCCAGCACCAUCUCCUUCGAUCCCGAGCACCCGAGCGCUGGCGAUAUGAUCCUGGACGAUGAUACGGCGUCCCGGCUGCCUCCGCGGCGGCUAGGCAACGCGGCACCCAGCCUGACGCGGUGUCUCAACAUGGAGGACGAUGACGAACACGUCGGCCACGACGACAAUGACUGCAUUGACGACUUUUUGGAAGAGCGUGAUGAGGGCGAGGACAAUCUGGCAGAUUUCCCGCCGGCGUCCGCGCCCAAGGAUGCCAUCGCUCGUCUGGGCUUGUCACGGUUGGUUUCGUGCUACAGCAACUACGAAUCGCUCGCCUACCGCCCCUCCGUCCUCGCCGCUGCCGUUCUCGUUUCGGUGCUGCGCGAGCUUCCCGACCAGCUGAUGCCGCCGUCUCCCACAACGACCUUGCUCUCCGCCUCCGUGCAGGAAGACUUGAUUGGCAGCAUUUGCCUCUAUCUCGCUCCCAAGCUCCACGGUGGCGCGCAAACUCUCGAUGACUGCUGCACGUUCGUGGACGCUCUGGUGGCCAAUCUUGUCCGAUAGCAGCGCUCUCUCUCGUUUUGGCGCUCUGAAGUCGGAUCCCAAGCUUGCUCACCACAUCCUUCUCACUUUGAUUCAAUUUUUUUUUUCAAAUUCUUCAAAAAACAAACCUUUUUGUUAAUGUUUCUUCUGUUUGGCAUCUGCCUCAUUGCCUGCUUCCCCUGAACGGCCAACCGUCCGUGUGUGUUGCAUGAUUUUGGCCCGCCUUUGGAGGGUUGCUCCCCUGGUGGUCGCCCUGUUUUGUUUUGUGUUUUUGUGUCCGUUUGCAUGCGUUACUCGAUGUUUUUUUUCUGCGAUUUUCUUUUUUUGUCCCCUUCGAUUUUGUUGCUUGUUGCUUUCCAAUAAAUCCAAUUUCCCAACA